AUGAACACUUACUUUACUUUUCUCUUUCUAGUUAACUGCUUUGAUUAUCGACUAAACCGAACAUCGUCUGUAAAUGCAACAUCGUCUGUUGAAGAAUUCUGGCAGACACGAGUCCUGGGCUUGUCUGGAGGAAUCGAGGAGAUGGGAGCCGUGCGCUGGGACCUGGCCGGGUGUCUCCUCCUCAGCUGGAUCAUGUGCUACUUUUGCAUCUGGAAAGGAGUCAAGAGUUCAGGCAAAGUUGUGUACUUCACGGCCACUUUCCCGUACCUCAUGAUGAUGGCGUUGGUGAUCCGUGGAGUGACUCUGCCCGGUGCGGCCGAUGGGAUUCGAUUUUACCUGUGGCCAGAUCUGAGCCGCCUGUCUGACCAUCAGGUUUGGAUGGAUGCUGCCAGUCAGAUUUUAUUCUCGUACGCUGUGUGUACAGGUUGUCUCUGCUCUCUGGGGAGUUAUAACCAGCGGGACAACAACUGCUACAAAGACGCCUUCGCCCUGUGUCUGCUCAACAGCGCCACCAGUCUGUUUGCUGGUUUUGCCAUAUUCUCUGUGCUGGGCUACAUGUCUCAUGAGCUGGGAGUGAGCAUCAGAACUGUGGCAGAGUCAGGUCCAGGUCUUGCGUUCAUCGCGUAUCCUCACGCCGUCUCCAUGAUGCCUCUUCCUCAGCUCUGGUCCGUCUUCUUCUUCAUGAUGAUCAUCUUCCUUGGACUGGACAGUCAGUUUGUGUAUCUGGAGGGCCUGGUAACAUCCAUAUCGGACAUGUAUCCGUCCUUCUUUUUCGCUGGUCAUCGCCGAAAGCUGCUCCUCUUGGGACUCUGUGGUGGCUCCUUUGCAAUUGGCCUCUGUAUGGUCACUGAGGGUGGACUUUAUAUCUUCCAGCUGUUUGAUUAUUACGCCUGCAGUGGGAUCCCUCUGGUUCUUUUUGGCAUACUGGAAGUGAUUUGCAUUGGCUGGGUGUACGGAGCUGACAGUUACUACAGUAACAUCAGUAACAUGAUCGGGUAUCGUCCGUGGCCGUACAUGAAGUACUGCUGGAAGUUCAUCACCCCGGCUUUGUCCACAAUGGUUUUGCUCUUCUAUUUGAGCCAAUUCAAGCAACUCAAGUACAACAACACUUACACCUAUCCAGCCUGGGGUUAUGGACUGGGACUCUUCCUGGCGUUCUCCUCCGUUGCCAUGGCGCCUUUGUGGUUCCUUUACAAACUGUUCACCAGCUCAGGGACACUGAAGCAGAGGCUGAGAUUUGGAACCACACCAUCACAAACCCUGAGUGUGCCCUUCUGAACGCCCGUCACCUCAACCAGCUUCUCCAUUUUUUGGUUUAAAGAUUUGAAAUGACUUGAAGCUCAAAGCAGACGACUUGGACUUGACUUGGACUUAUGGGGCCAGUGACUCGAGACUUGACUUGGACUUGUCUGUAUUUGACUUGGGACUUGACUUGGAAUUGAGGUCAAAGACUUGAGACUUACUUGAGACUUGCCGUGGCCCAUCACAAUAUCUCCAACAACAAGCUCCUUUGCUUAAAUUCAUUGUUAUGUUGCAGGAUUGACUAAAACAACAGAGGGAACUACACGGACCAUGAUCCUUUGCUCUGUUUAAGUGCAAACAACAUGAAAAAAUAAUGUUAUAAGCACUUUUAAAUCUUAAUUAUCUGGAUUAUGACGGAACCAAAGUCUUAUCAAGGCAUUUUAAAAGUAAAAAGCAUAGGCAGAGUUUGAUUUUUGAGCUGGGAGGGCAAAUGUUUUAACGUCAGGGCACUAGAUUCAAGAUUUAAAUGUGUGUUGCCAUUUAUGAUGGUACGCCACCAGAAAUAUACCAGUACUAAACCAGGACUAAACCAGGACUGAGUGUCAGGACAGGCCCAGAGGUGUGCCCCUGUAGACCGUUGGGUGACUGUGGGAGAAAGGGGUGUCGAACCCUGGCGCAGAGCUCC